GCACAAACGAAAACAAAUAAAUAAUCCAAUGACAACAAAGAAACCCAAGCAAAGCAAUGAAUAAUCCAAUUCCCUUUAAGCAAAACAACAAAUAAGUCAAUGGCAACAGAGAAUCCCAAUUAAAGCCCACGAAAGACAUUGCAAUCAGAAACCUUUAUGCAAUGACAACCAAAAGAGAGACGGCCAGCGGGUAGUCAUGCGGACCAGAGCGGCGAUGAGUUUUGGCAGGAGAGCCCCAGCCGGGCGGCAAAGUUGAGAGCGGGCGACGGGGUAAGACCUGUAGAUUAGUUACAACGGAAGGGGAUUCGGAUGAGAGGAGAGUUAAAGUGAUGACGUGGAAGCAUGUAUAGCAAUAGAAUUUGAAUUCCAACUAGGCAGUUAGGGAAAACGCUUAAAGGUAUUUUUAGAUUUUAGAUUUUAGAUAUCAGUAAGUAUCUUGGGCCUUGGCCCAUUCACUAAUAACGAAGGCUCUGGGUUCUGUGUCUCAGCAAGUAGCUCAUCUUCGCCGCCGCCUUUCACUCUUUCCGUUUGUCGCUCCCUCUUCUUCUUCACCGGUUUCAACUCCCGGCCAACUCUUUGCUCCCAAGCAGCUCAACUUCCUCUGGCAUACUUUCCUUGAUUUAAUUCUUCUGACAAAAACUGGUGCUUUGAUUUCAACGACCCGGGUCCCGCCUCUCUCUGUUCUUCCAUAGGUAAAAGCUCUCGCCUUUCUUCGGCAUUUUCAGUUGUUUUCCCAACAUGGUUGUGGUCAUUUUGUAUGAACUUUACAUACAGAAUGUUUAUGGGAGAGCAGAUGUUAAUUAGAGCAGUUGGUGGUGUUUGCCUAUUGCACUGGAAGCUGGUUUCUUUAUAUACAAUUUCUUGAACAUAGAUAGCUAGAGUUGUAAUGGAAUAAGCUCGGAACUUCAUCGUUUCUCUGAAUCUUUUUUUCAUUUUUACCCCAGUUGGGAGCAUGUAUUUGCAGUAGUUGCUCUCUGGUUCCUUCAUUGGCAAUGUGGAGAUCACCGGCGAUGGCUUGUAUUGUUAGAAGGUUAACUCGGGUUCGACUGGGAGUGCAAACCCUUAGUUCUAGCUAUGGUUCAAUGCCGCAGGCUCAAUUCUCUGAUAGGGAAGAUGCAAAAGAUCAGUCUUCUUCAGAGGCACGAUUCAGUCAUCAAGCUGCAUUCCAAAAUUUGGACCAAAAUGCUGCUAUUGUGCAGAAGGAUAAAAUAGGGAAGAAUAUUUCUAGAAAGGAGAAGACUGGCUUUCUUAUUAACACACUCAUGGAUCUCAAGGAUAACAAAGAAGGUAUUUAUGGUGCUCUGGAUGCUUGGGUUGCAUGGGAGCGGGAAUUUCCCAUUGGUCCUCUUAAGCAUGCUUUGCUGGCUCUUGAGAAGGAACAUCAAUGGCAUCGGAUUGUUCAGGUGAUUAAAUGGAUGUUGAGCAAGGGUCAGGGAAACACAAUGGGUACGUACGGGCAACUGAUACGUGCAUUGGAUAAAGACCACCGAGCGGAGGAAGCACAUUCUGUUUGGGUGAAGAAAGUUGGUACGGAUCUUCAUUCCGUGCCUUGGAAGUUAUGUAGCAUGAUGAUAUCAGUAUACUACAGAAACAACUUGCUAGAUAGGCUUGUUAAGCUUUUCAAGGGCAUGGAAGCAUUUGACAGGAAACUCUAUGACAAGGUUAUAGUCCAGAGAGUAGCCAAUGCGCAUGAGAUGCUAGGGAUGCCAGAAGAAAAAGAACGAGUACUCCAAAAGUACGCUGAUGUUUUUGCUGAGACCGAGAAGAAGCAACGAUUUAAGAAGAGAUCCAAACAGUCUCCUACCAAGGAAAAGCAAUAGGGUGAAAUUGUUUUUGCUUGAUACACUUUUGAUGCAAUCCAAUGAAUGAUUCACAGGGGAAGCUUGGAAAAAAUCCCACUGUACACACGUUCUUAAAAAAAAUUCCCAAAAUACAUGAGUUAUAAAAAAAUUUCCCAAAGUACACAUGUUUGAGCAUCACCGUUUUAGACAAAAGCGGUGAAGGUCAUCACCGCGUUUGACGAACACGGUGAAUACUUCAUCGUCUUAAACAAAAACGGUGAAGUAUUCACCGUUUCAAACUAAAACGGUUAAGUUUUCACCGCGUUAAUUAACAACGGUGAACACAUCACCGUUUUGGUCAAAAACGGUGAACCCAUUCAUCGUUGUUAAGUAACGCGGUGAUUAUUUCCCACGUUUCCCAUCCCUGGUAGGUCAAAAUUAGGUCGCAGCUACCAUCUAUUCACCGUUUGAGACAAACGCGGUGAUGGUGUUCACCGUUUUCGACAAAAACGGUGAAUAGUAGGCAGAUUUUCCUAUAAAUUGCACACCACCAGCAGUUGUAAAAACAUAACCACUCCCCUUUAUUCAAAUUUCAGCAGCCAAAAUCGAGCAUAAUACACAGAACAGAAAUUU